AUGGAACCAGAGAAUGACACAGGGAUUUCAGAAUUCCUUCUCCUGGGACUAUCAGAGGAGCCAGAAUUGCAGCCCUUCCUCUUUGGGCUGUUCCUGUCCAUGUACCUGGUCACCGUGCUUGGGAACCUGCUCAUCAACCUGGCCACAAUCUCAGACUCCCACCUCCACACCCCCAUGUACUUCUUCCUCUCCAACCUGUCCUUUGCUGACAUCUGUUUCGUCUCCACUACAGUCCCAAAGAUGCUCGUAAACAUCCAGACACAGAACAACAUCAUCACCUAUGCAGGCUGCAUCACCCAGAUGUGCUUUUUCGUACUUUUUGGAGGGUUAGACAGCUUGCUCCUGGCUGUGAUGGCCUAUGACUGGUUUGCGGCCAUCUGUCAUCCUCUGCACUACACAGUCAUCAUGAACCCUUGGCUGUGUGUACUCCUGGUUCUGGCAUCCUGGAUGAUUACCGCCCUGAAUUCCUUGUCACAAAGCUUAAUGGUGUUGUGGUUGUCCUUCUGCAGACUUGAAAUCCCUCACUUUCUCUGUGAAUUUAGUCAGGUCAUCCACCUUGCCUGUUCUGACACCUUUCUUAAUGACAUGGGGGUGUAUUUUGCAGCAGGCCUGCUCGAUGGUGCUCCACUCGCGGGGAUCCUUUAUUCUUACUCUAAGAUCACUUCCUCCAUACGUGCAAUCUCAUCAGCUCAGGGGAAGUACAAGGCAUUUUCCACCCGUGCAUCUCACCUCUCAGUUGUCUCCUUAUUUUAUGGUACGAGUCUAGGUGUGUACCUUAGUUCUGCUGCAACCCACAACUCACACUCCAGUGCUGCAGCCUCAGUGAUGUACACUGUGGUCACCCCCAUGCCUAACCCCUUCAUCUACAGUCUGAGGAAUGAAGACAUAAAGGGGGCUCUGACACAAUUCUUCAGAGGGAAACAAUAA